AGUCAAUGAUAAUUUUGCUCGUGAUUGAUAAUGUAAAACACUAAGUUGCACUGAUUAUUUAUUUUCUUUUUCAACAAAGAAAUCGAAUGUAUUUUAACGUAAAACAUUGAUGUCGAAUCAUGUCGCAAAUUUUGAAACAAUUUUACAACUGCUUCAUCUUGCGUGAUGGUACAAUUCUACACGAGGAUCUAUGGGUUCGUGAUGGGAAGAUUGUCAAUCCCGAGAAAAUCUUUUACGAUGAAAAAAUUAAGCCGAAUAUUAGAAUUGAUUGUAACGGAGCAUUAAUAUCACCUGGUUAUAUAGAUCUUCAGAUUAAUGGUGGAUUUGGUAUAGAUUUUACACAUAAUGUUGAUAAUGUACAAGAAGGAAUUAAUAAAGUAGCUAAAAAAUUAAUAGAAUUUGGUGUAACAUCAUUUUGUCCAACGUUAGUAACGUCACCUAGUGAGACGUAUUAUAAAAUAUUACCAAAUAUUAGAAAAAGAAGUGGCGGAAAACAUGGGGCAUCUAUAUUAGGAAUUCAUUUAGAAGGACCUUUUAUUAGUCCAAGCAAAAAGGGAGCGCAUCCAGAAAAUUAUAUCGAGCAGUUUGACAAAGGAUUCCAAUCGGUAAUUAAAAUGUAUGGAACUUUGGAAAAUGUAUGCCUUGUUACAGUGGCACCAGAGCUUCCUAAUAGUAAAACUGUAAUUAAAGAAUUAUGUAAAAGAAACAUUAAAGUUUCUCUUGGGCAUUCUAUAGCAAAUUUACAUGAAGGAGAAGAAGCUGUAAAAAGUGGAGCUUCCUUUAUCACACAUCUUUUUAAUGCUAUGUUACCAUUUCAUCAUAGAGAUCCAGGGCUAGUUGGUCUAUUAACAUCUGAUAAAAUUCCUCCUGAAAGAAUUGUUCAUUAUGGCAUAAUUGCGGAUGGAAUUCAUACUCAUCCAGCAGCAUUACGUAUAGCUCAUAGAACGCAUCCUGAAGGGCUUGUUUUGGUAACUGAUGCAUUAUCAGCCUUAGGAUUAGAAGAAGGUGUUCAUCAAUUAGGUCAACUUAAGAUCGAAAUGCGAUCAGGAUGUGCAUAUAUUGCUGGGACAGACACUUUAUGUGGUAGUACAGCGGAAAUGUCGAAAUGUGUUCGUCAUUUUAAGGAAGCAACAGGUUGUUCGGUAGUAGAAGCUUUAGAAGCUGCAACGCUUCAUCCAGCAAAGACUCUCGGUAUUGAAAAAACCAAAGGAAUUUUAGAUUAUGAGGCAGAUGCUGAUUUCGUAAUGUUAGAUAAAGAUUUGAAACUGUUAUCGACGUGGAUAUCGGGAGAAUGUGUUUAUAGUACGUACAAUUACGUCGAAAGCAAAUAAAAUAAACAUUACGAAAUAACAUGUACUUAAAUGGCUGUGAAUAUCGUUCUAGCCAUAAUAACGACCAUUUACGUAUUCAUACUGUUAUAUAUUUUAUGUACAAACAUUUUUAUAAGAAGUUUUACAAAUUUUUAUACAUGUAAAAAUGUUAUGUACUUUCAGCAUUAGUACGUAUAAAUGAGCCAAGUUUUUAUAUGUGGUUUAUAUAUAUCAAUUGUUGUAUUAUGAUUAAUAAUCACUUUGUAACAUUACUAUAAAGUAUUAAGUAAAUGCGUUGAUGAAUAAAAAAGAAUAAUUGUCACAUGUU